AUGCUCAGUUUCACUCAAACUGUGUGUGAGGGUCUUACAUGUGUGUGACUGUAAAUGAUCAACUCAAGUGUUUGUGCUCAGAGUUUAGUCCCCUAAGGAGCCUCAGACUCGGGCAGAAUGAGUUCAUCAGGUGGAGGGUCGUCCCUGCAGGUCCAUGCGGUCCGGUUGGGUCCAGGUCAGGAGCUGUUGGGAUCUCUGCAGGCAUUUGUGGAGGAGAGGCGACUCAGAGCGCCGUUCAUCAUCACCUGUGUGGGCAGCGUCACAAAGGCAACACUCCGGCUGGCCAACGCCACGGCAACAAAUACAAAUGAGGUUAUCCACCUCAGCGGGAGGUUCGAGAUCGUCUCCCUGGUCGGCACACUCAACCGAGACGCCCACGUCCACAUCUGCCUGUCGGACGGGGAGGGCAGGACGGUUGGGGGUCACGUGAUGGGAGACCUGGAGGUGUUUACCACAGCCGAGGUGGUCAUCGGCGAGGCGGUCGACCUGCAGUUCACCAGGGAGAUGGACGAACAGACAGGUUUCCCAGAGCUAGUCAUUCAACAGCAAUAAUCUGACAGAUGAAGGAGUAAAGCAAGGGUUGUCUUAUAUAUUGAAAAAGGUGAAACUUUAAUAAUUUAUAUCCAGUGUAUAAUUUUAUGACGCCUCUAUUGUAGAUUUAUAUACAAAUAAACUGGCUUUACUGAG